UCGCCAGUUGUUCAAUGGUGUUUGCCAAAUGAGGUAGUACAGUAUUGUGAAUCUGUUUCAGCAUAGUUUGUUGUUUCAUGUCAAGGAAAAGUUGUUUCUUUUAACUGCAAAUAGUGUUUACAGAAGCAUACGACACGUAUAGAAUCAUAAUGCAUCAAUUUACGCGAAGUUUCCUGGGGAAAAUGCGAACUAGAUAUGCUGUACGCAAAUAUUCCCAAGAGUUCACAAUGCGGAACCAAUUUGACUUUGGCCCGAAGCCAAGCUUUAAGCACUGGUUCCCUCGACACAUGGGUAAAGGACUUAUCAAAAUGCGCAGAGUUUUAAAAAACGUAGAUUGUAUCAUUGAAAUACACGACGCUCGUAUCCCGAUUUCUGGACGAAACCCAGGGCUCCAACAAGCGCUCAGUUCAAAGCCUUAUCUUUUGUUGUUGAAUAAAAUUGACUUGGUGCAGUUUACAAAGCAGCAUGUAGACGCAAUAUUCGAGUUUUACCGAGAAAAAAACGUCGAAAAUGUUAUUUUUACGGAACUGUUAUCAGCAGGGCAAUGCCACCCGUCCGUUCAUCGGAUAAUACCAGCGUGCGUGAAUUUGGUGCAAAAAAGCCACCGCCACGACAGAGAAGGAGACAUGGACAUUAAUAUUAUGGUUGUAGGCAUUCCAAACGUUGGUAAAUCCUCGUUAAUAAAAGCCCUAAGGGCUGGCAACUUGGGGAGAAAAGGGGGACCAGAAGUAGGACGAAAUCCUGGCCAUACUAGAGCAGUAAUGAAUAGGGUUCAAGUCUCAAGUAAUCCUGCUGUUUAUUUGCUUGAUACUCCAGGGAUUUUUGAGCCACACAUUACAGACAUGCAUGUAGGCAUGAAGCUUGCUUUAUGCAACACAGUACAUGACCAUGUAAUGGGACCAAGCAUGGUGGCAGAUUACCUACUAUACACUCUGAACAAACAUAGGGAUUUUACAUACACAAAGUACUUUAAUCUCCCAGGACCUAUAGACUGUAGCCUAACUCUCUUGAAACACAUUUCAAAUGAAACUAAUCAGUUUCAGACUCGUGCAGUGCAAACUGGUACUGGUAAAGUCCAUGUUAAAAUACCAGAUUUCGAUCAGGCAGCCUCUGUUUUCUUAAAGGCUUUCCGAGAAGGAAAAUUGGGAAAUUUUUUACUUGAUGAUGUUUUAAAUUUUGAGUUCAUUCAUAAGUUUAAUGAAGAAACAGAGUUUUAUGAUGAUGAGAAUGAAACGUAAUUUUUUAUGUUGUUUAAGAAUGUGUUUACCAUUUGCAAGGUAUUUAAUUCUACAACUGUGCGGAAAAAUAACAAUUUUUAAACGGGCCAAUGUAUACUAGUAAUUUAAUGUUUUCAUAUUUUGCGCCUUUGCAAAUUAAUUGUUUUUUUAUUGUUUACUAUUAGUCAGAUAUUUCUUUCCACACCACAGCGGAAAAAAUGUGUUAAAUGUUAGGUCUAAUGACUAUUGACUAUUAACUAACUUAUAUCAGUAAAUCAUUUUUUUCAUGUUUUCAUAUUUUCAGCCUUUGCAAAUUGAUGUCUUUUAAAAAAAAAAAAUUUUUACUGAAUAACUACACCAGCUUGUUCCUUGAAAUCACCCCAGUGGUUUCUACAACUGCAAAAAAGUUGUAUUACUUAUUAAAAUUGCUCAUAAACUGCAUGGCACAAACUAUUGUUAGGUCAUUUUUUGUCAGUCAUGUUAUUAAUUAUGGUUUUGUCUUUUUUUUACAAUUUUUUUUUCAGUUGUGGCAGAAUUAUCAAGUAUACAUAUGAUAUAUACACGCUUAUUUUUCAUUGCCAAAACAAUUUUUUACUUGUAAAAAAAAUAGUUAAGUACGCUUCUAUGCUGCUACAAUUUUGUAUUUUUUACUUUAUCCAUGCAUUUUCCCAACGCCCUGGUUAUUCUGUAACAUUUUCCACAUACAACCACAUAAAAAUUCCUAUUAUGUUUUUUUUACAG